AUGGCGUCGUCGACCGUUGUGCUCAUCACCGGCGUUGGCAGAGGCAUUGGAUAUGCGGCAGCUGCUGCGUACCUCUCGCGGCCCAACCACACCAUUAUCGGCAGUGUUCGCGAUGUCAGCGCUCCACAGGCCCAGGCGCUGAAAGCCUUGCCCACGGCAGAAGGCACGCAACUGCUGCUGGUCACCAUCGAGAACACGUCCUGGACCGAUCCGAAGAAGGCCGUCGAGGACAUCGAAGCCGCGGGCAUCGACCACAUUGAUAUUGUCAUCUCCUGUGCCGGCGUUUCGCCAACUCCCGUGCCCUUCGAGGCUGUCGACCCCAAGGUCCUGGUUGAUACCUACAGCGUCAACGCCGUCGCCUCUGUCGUGCUCUUCCAGGCAGUGAACGCGUUGCUUCGCAAGUCGAGCACGCCCAAGUGGAUUUCGGUCACAAGCCGCGCCGGUUCCGUUGGCCAGGCUGCCGAUUUCUACUACAACAUCAGCCCCUAUGGCAUGUCCAAAGCUGCUCAAAACUGGUUCACGGCGGCUAUCCACACCUCGGUAGAGUCUCUCGUUGCCUUUGCCGUUCACCCGGGCUUUGUUGCGACAGACAUGGGUAUCGCGGCAGCAAAUGCUAUAGGGUUGGAUAUGCCUCCCACCACGCCGGAGGAGAGCGCCACCAAGCUCCUAGAGGUCAUUGACUCGGCAACUCGAGAGAAGACGUCUGGAAAGCUUCUUGACAUUAUCACCGGCGAAGAGUAUCUCUGGUAG